GCGCGGCGGGCGGGCAGAGCGGGAACUGCAGGGCGGGCGCCGGACAGCGGGCAACUUCAGGGCUGAGCCCGCCGGGCGCCAGAAAAGGGGCGGGGAGGGGACAGCAGGGCGGGGAGAGGCUUCAGUCCGAGUCGUCUCCGCUCCAGGGCGCGGGGAGCAGCCUCGGGGAGCUGAGGCCGGGACGCCCAGGACGCAGCGCGAGGCGGGCCGGGCCGAGAGCCGAGCAGGCGAAGCGAUCAGAGGGUGCGCGCCAGGCGAGCACCCCGAGGCCGCCCGGUUCCCGGCGUCGGGCGCUCCGUGGGUCGCCGACCUGCAGCCUCUGCCGCCCUCUCCGCCUUCCCCACCAUGGAUGGCACCUCGAGGCUCCCGGGACCGAGCAACUUGGAGUCACCACUGAUGUGUGACGUUUCAGAAGCGCCACGGGGCAGCGGCAGCGGCAGCGGCAGCCCAGGAAGCAGCCCGCGCAGCUCCAUCACCGCCUGUAAGAAGGUUCUCCGCAGCAAUAGCCUGCUGGAGUCCACAGACUACUGGUUACAGAAUCAGAGGACGCCCUGCCAGAUUGGUUUUGUGGAAGACAAGUCAGAAAACUGUGCCUCUGUGUGCUUUGUGAACCUGGAUGUGAACAAGGAUCCGUGUAGCACAGAGCACCUGCAACAGAAACUGGUCAAUGUUUCACCAGAUCUUCCAAAACUUAUCAGCUCUAUGAGUGUCCAACAGCCAAAAGAAAAUGAAAUUGUCCUCCUAAGUGGCUUAGCAUCUGGAAAUCUCCAGGCAGAUUUUCAAGUCUCACAGUGCCCUUGGCUACCAGAUAUCUGCUUGGUCCAAUGCGCAAGAGGGAACAGACCGAACAGUACCAACUGCAUCAUCUUUGAAAUCAAUAAAUUCUUGAUUGGUCUGGAAUUGGUGCAAGAGCGGCAGCUCCACCAGGAAACAAACAUCUUGAAACUGGAGGAUGACACAAACUGCUCCUGGUCCUCAAUCGAGGAAGACUUCCUCACUGCCUCUGAGCACCUGGAGGAAAGCGAGGUGGAAGAAUACAGGAAGGGUUAUGAAAAUAUAAAUGUGUCAGCCAAAGUUUUUGAAAGUAAAAAGCCAAAGGAAACCACUCAAGAGGAAUGGGAUGACAAGAAAGAAAAGUUUCUUUAUGUUUUGGAAAACAAAUAUGUCAGCAAAUAUCAUACACCAUUGAUUAAAACAGAAGGAUCUCUGGAAAACACAGUCUCAGAAGGUCCAUAUCCGUCACUCAGCCCCUUACAGAGGGAUGGUGAAGCUGUGGGAAAUGAGCAACCAGCCACAAAUUAUUAUUCAGAAAAUUUUAAAGAUCAAGUAGAAAAGUCUCAAGCAAUGUACAUUCCAAGUGAUGCACAUUUCUCUACAAUGGCAAAGAAAGACAUACCUUUGGCAUGUGGCAUUGUCACUGAGCAAGGCAGCAGCCUAGACCCAGGAGACUACGAAGACUCAAGAAAUUCUCUUCCUCCUAUCCAAGAUGGAGAAGCUACAACUGGAGAGUAUGCUACAAAUUUAGCAGAAUCUGUGCUACAAGAUGCAUUUAUCAGAUUGUCUCAGUCUCCGCCUACACUACCCCAGGAAUCUGCAGUCAGUGCUCCUCUAGGAAGUGCUCCGCUUCCCACUGGCUGUCCCACAAAGGAUAUAGUGGCCGCCAGGUCAUGGAAUGAGCUCCCCAAAAUCGUCAUUGUGCAGAGUCCAGAUGGCAGCGAUGCUGCCCCUGCCCCUGGCAUCUCCUCCUGGCCUGGCACCGAUGUUUCUGUUGAUACCUCAAGUGUUCUCUCUGGAGAGAACCCCAGAAGACACCCUCAGAGUGCUCUAGAAGUAGCAUUAGCUUGCGCAGCCACUGUGAUUGGAACAAUUUCCAGUCCACAGGCCACAGAAAGACUCACAAUGGAGCAGGAAUCCUUGGUGUCAAACUGUACACUGGAAGGCAGUGGAGAGCUGCAAACUCAAGCAUCCAUAGGACUCAAAGACCCUUCCAUUAGUGACUACUCCUUUCCAUCUGCUUUGUGUGGGAUGACUCAGGUGGCAAGUGCGGUUGCUGUCUGUGGCCUAGGUGAAAGAGAAGAGGUGUCAUGCCCAGUGGCCCCAAGCAGUGUCUUGCCUGCAGCUGAGGCAUCUGAAGCCACCUCUCCACUUUGUAGUUUAGUGACAGAGAAGGGGACGGUUCUGGACAAGGAAGCCAUUGCAGAAGCUUUGCUCACAGAGGUGGGUCUGGUUUUAACCAGGCCUGGGUCCUACAGCAGCAUUGGAGACCUCAUGGAGUCCGUGAACAGGAGACUCAUCGAAACUGCUUCAAAGCCUCAGACCUUGUGCUCAGAAAACAUCCUCAGAAAUGACCUGGCACAGACCCUGUCCAAUGUUAUCCUGAAGCAUUCCAUUGACGAAGUUCACCAGAAAAAUAAAAAAGUCCACCCCAAUGAUGGCAGACCUGCAUUUGACUAUCUAGACACCCUAAUGGAAAGCACAAACCAAUUGCUCCACCAUGUGAUAUGCUUCACAUUCAAGAAGAUGAGCCACAUUGUAAGGCUUGGUGAAUGUCCUACUGUCCUUUCAAAGGAAACUAUCAGAUGGAUAGAGACAGAACCCCUAGGCUGCCAGCCACUGGAUCAGGCUGCUGGUCAAGCAUGGACAAAAGCCACAGAACACUCCAGUGGCCAUCCACCUAACAGUCCAUACGGCCUUGCCGUUGGUGAUCUUAUGGACGACAUACAUCCAAAGCAAGAGAAGAGCGAAGCAAGGCCAGGCCUCUUCAAGAGCCCCACGCUGCCAUCUGAAUUGUCAUGUGGUCACCAAGUGCUGGAUUCUUCUACUGCUAAAACAUCCCCUAAGGAAAUACAACCGAAAGAAGUGGUGGGAAAGGAUACAAAGAGCCCUCAGCAGACACCCAGUCACAAGCAGAAGGAACCUAGAGCCUCUUCGGGAGCAGAAAGGGCACCGGCAGUGGGAAGGUGCAGAAGCAGCUCGCAGGGUGCUGAGGACAGUAUUGAUCCCCACACCCGGAAGUGCAGCUGUGCCACGUCUCUGAACGACGACGACGUUCGAGCUAAUCUGUCCUUGUUAGCAGAUGACCUGGUGCUUCCUGCUCAACCCAUACUAGAAGCAAAGCACACAGACAUUUACAUCAUUGCAGACUUCGCGGAAGAACUAGCAGAGACAGUCAUCUCCAUGGCAACUGAAAUUGCAGCUAUCUGCCUUGACAACUCCAGUGGAAAACAACCCUGGUUUUGUGCAUGGAAAAGAGGGAAUGAGUUCCUGGUAACACCAAACGUAUCCUGCCAAUCUUUGAAGAGAAGGAAGGAAAGCCAGAGCAGUGGCAGCACCGUGAGGAAGCACAAACCUCCUCGGCUCAGUGAGAUCAAGAGGAAAACGGAUGAGCAUCCUGAACUCAAAGAGAAGCUCAUGAACAGGGUUGUGGACGAAUCUAUGAACCUUGAAGACGUCCCUGAUUCUGUCAGUAUUUUUGCAAAUGAAGUGGCAGCCAAGAUCAUGAACCUUACGGAGUUCUCCAUGGCGGAUGGGGUGUGGCAAGCCCAGAGCUACUCCCGAAAUCGCUUACUGAGCGGCGACAGGGGGAACCGGCUGAAGGCCUCCAGCUGCGAAAGCAUCCCGGAGGAGGACUCUGAGGCCAGGGCCUAUGUGAACAGCCUGGGUUUAAUGAGCACCUUAAGCCAGCCAGUCAGCCGAGCCAGCUCUGUCUCCAAACAGUCAAGCUGUGAGAGUAUCACCGAUGAGUUCUCCAGGUUCAUGGUGAACCAGAUGGAAAAUGAAGGGAGAGGAUUUGAGUUACUGCUGGAUUACUAUGCUGGCAAGAACGCCAGCAGCAUUCUGGACUCAGCAAUGCAACAGGCCUGCCAGAAAAGUGACCACCUCAGAGUGAAGCCAAGCUGCCCCUCUAAGCAAUCCAGCACCGAGAGCAUAACUGAGGAGUUCUACAGGUACAUGCUGAGGGACAUUGAAAGAGAAAGCAGAGACAGCCCCUCCUCCAGACGAAGCAGCCAGGAGUGGAGCACUGGCUUGCUGUCUCCUUCUCUCCGAUCCCCACUGUGUCACAGGCAGUCAUCCAUGCCAGAUAGCAGAUCCCCUUGCACCAGGCUGACAGUGAAUGCACCAGUCAAGGCCAACUCCUUAGACGGUUUUGCCCAAAACUGCUCGCAACAUUUCCUAAGCGUGCAGCCAGUCAGUAGCGCUUCCUCAUCUGGUCUCUGCAAAUCUGACUCAUGCUUGUAUCAAAGAGGUGGGACCGACCAGAUCACAAACAUGUUAAUUCAUGAAUCGUGGGCAAGCUCCAUUGAGGCCCUCAUGCGAAAGAACAAAAUUAUCGUGGAUGACGUGGACACAGUUGAUGCCAGCCCUGUUUCUGGCAGCUUGACCUUGCAAAGGGAAAAGUGUGCAAACAGAUUAGCUGCAAGCAGAGUGCACAGUGGGCCAACCCUGCUUCUUCAGGAGUCUGUUGAUUACCCGAGGAAGGACUCUGUUACCAAGAGCAAACAUCCCCCGGUGUCAUCUCCAAGGGAAACUGCUCCUCUUAUAAACGGAGAUGAUUUACCUUCUCAAAAGGAAGCUUCCUCGUGCCAUGACGCUGGUCCACUCAGCCACACCAGGUGGUCCCUCUGCUCUAGGGAUGUGCCAUUGAUUCAGAUUGAAACAGACCAGAGAGAAGAGUGUGCUGGAGACCCUGAACCCUUGCUUUUCAAAAGUGGCUCCUUACCAGAGUCAGGAGACCUUUUGAAUGAAGAAAGAGUCCCGGAUGUGGCCAGAAGUGAAGACACAGCCGUGAUUGUGUGCCAAAACCAUAGUGACAGGCUUGAUGCCAGAGACGUACCAGAAGCUGAAGUCACAACAGAAGCCAGAGCCCCCGAUGAGUUUUCCAGUCUUCCCAGUAGCAGCGAGGAGAGUACAGGCAGCUGGUCCCAGCUAGCCAAUGAAGAGGACAACCCAGAUGACACAAGUAGCUUUCUGCAGUUCAGCGAACGCUCCUUGAGAUGCAACACAGGCUUGGUUUACAUGAGCAAUGGCAACAGUAGUGCCACUAGCAGUCUUGGCAUUCUGGACCUGGACAUUUAUCAGGAAAGCAUGCCAUCUUCUCCCAUGAUUAAUGAAUUAGUAGAAGAAAAGGAGAUUCUUAAAGGACAGUCAGAAAGAAUAAAGGAACAAGCCUCCAGACUGCCAGGGACAGCAGCCACCCACCAGAGGAACCUGCUGGUGAUCAACUUCGACCUGGAGCCAGAGUGUCCUGAUGCUGAGCUUCGUGCCACUCUGCAAUGGAUAGCUGCCUCUGAGCUCGGGAUCCCCACAAUCUACUUUAAGAAAUCUCAAGAAAACAGAAUUGAAAAGGCUCAGCUGUUUGCGCUGACUGGAGUCCAGCCAACCAGGCAGAAAGUCAUGGUGAAAGGAAGGACACUGAAGGAUGAUGAUUGGGGGAACAUCAAAAUCAAAAAUGGGAUGACUUUACUAAUGAUGGGGUCAGCAGAUGCUCUUCCUGAAGAACCUGCAGCUAAAACUGUCUUCAUUGAAGACAUGACAGAAGAACAGUUAGCUUCUGCUAUGGAAUUACCAUGUGGAUUGACAAACCUUGGUGAUACUUGUUACACAAAUGCUACAGUCCAAUGUAUGCAUUCUGUACCUGAACUCAAAGAUGCCUUUAAAAGGUAUGCAGGUGCCUUGAGAAUGUCAGGGAAAAUGGCUUCAGCACAGUACAUUACUGCAGCCCUUAGAAAUUUGUUUGAUUCCAUGGAUAAAACUUCUUCUAGUAUUCCACCUACUAUUCUACUACAGUUUUUACACAUGGCUUUCCCACAGUUUGUAGAGAAAGGUGAACAAGGACAGUAUCUUCAAUAUCUUCAACAGGAUGCUAAUAAAUGUUGGAUACAGAUGACACGAGCAUUGCAGCAGAAAUUGGAAGCCAUAGAGGAUGAUUCUGUUAAAGAGACAGAUUCUUCAUCUGCAUCAGCAGAGACACCUAUGAAAAAGAAAAGUCUAAUUGAUCAGUUCUUUGCUGUUGAGUUUGAAACUACCAUGAAAUGUAGAGAAUCAGAAGAAGAAGAAGAAGAAGAAGAAGAAAGGAAGGAAAAUCAGCUGCCCCUUAGCUGUUUUAUUAAUCAGGAAGUCAAGUGUCUUUUUACAGGACUUAAAUUGCGACUUCAGGAAGAAAUCACCAAACAGUCUCCAACAUUGCAAAGAAAUGCUUUGUACAUCAAAUCUUCCAAGAUUAGCCAACCACCUGUUUAGUUAACUAUUCGGAUGGUUAUUUUUUUUCAUAAAGAGAAGGAAUCAGUAAAUGUCAAUGUUCAUAAGGAUGUUAAAUUACCCCUUAUGCUGAAUGUGUACAAACUUUGUACACCUGAACUUCAAGAAAAAAUGGUCUCUUUUCGAUCAAAAUUCAAGGAUAUAGAAAAUAAAAAAGUGAAUCAGCAGCCAAAUACAAGUGACAAGAAGAGUAGUCCCCAGAAAGAAAUUAAAUAUGAACUUUUUUCAUUUGCUGAUGAUAUUGGCUCCAAUAACUGUGGAUACUAUGACUUACAAGCAGUGCUAACCCACCAGGGAAGGUCUACUUCUUUGGGUCAUUAUGUAUCAUGGAUGAAAAGAAAACAAGAUGAAUGGAUCAAGUUUGAUGAUGAUAAGGUCAACAUCAUGACACCAGAAGAUAUCUUACAGCUUUCUGGAGGCAGAUACUGGCACAUUGCUUAUGUUCUACUCUACAGGCCCAGCAGAGUGGAAAUAAUGGAAGAGGAAAAUGAACAGUAAUCUACUUAGCUAUUUAUGCUUAGGUGUGAAAUAAAUGUUAUUUGUUGAUCACUUCUAUAA